UCUAUCUAAGGACACUUUAAAAAACGCGGAAUCGAAGAACAACGCGGAUACACCCAACACCAUGAGAAUAAUCAAAAAGUGUUACUUUAUUUAUAAUGGAAACCAGAAAAUACGCUUUUGAACUAUACGAUUACGCACUGAAAAAAGGCUCUGAACUGCACUAUGAGGAACUUGAAGUUGGCCCUGUACAUGAUAAAACAUUCACCCAGAGGGUAGUCCUAAAUGGUAAUGUCUAUCCCGAUGGUGUGGGCAAGACAAAGAAGGAAGCCAAGAGUAAUGCAGCUAAAAAUGCCCUACAAAACUUGUUGGAGCACAAACAUCAGGACACAGCUGCAGAUGAAAAAUACAACUGUACAUUGGGUCAACAAAAAGAGGAUUUAAAUAUAAAUGUUUCUGAUUUCUGUAAUAAGAUAAGACGCCUCAGUGUGAACCCUCAGCUUUACAAAGACCAACGGAGACAAAGAGAGACCAAUUUCAUUGGAAUUGUUGACCACUACUGUCAAAAAACCAAACGCUGCUAUUCAUUUAUUGAAGAGAAGAGAUGUGGUCCAGCUCAUGAUCCUCAAUUUUUCUACAAAUUAAUGAUAGACAAAAAGGAAUACCCUGUGGGUGAGGGUAAGACUGCCAAGGAAGCCAAACAAAAUGCAGCUCAGCUAGCCUGGUCUGCUGUUCAAGAACAGUCAGACUUUGACAGCAAGGUGUCUGUCAAAUCAACAAUGUCAGAAGAUGGUGCUCCACCUAGGUUUCCUGCACAAUUAAAUACGCAGGAAUCACAUGAAUCAUCAUCACAAAGCAUGCCAAUAGGCACAGGAGGCUCAAUAAUAUUCCCUGAUACAUCAAACCCUUCCGAGGCUCAGGAUGCUGUCGAAGACCAAAAUAUGGAGGAAAGUCAGAGUGAGACAUCCAUCAAUUCAAGGUUUACGACAGACUUUGAUCCCAUGGAGUGUCUUGGCAGAGGAGCUUUUGGUGUUGUUUACAAAGCAAGACAUAAAUUGCUGAGGAUGGAUUAUGCUGUUAAGGUUGUCUGCGGUGAAGAGAAAUCUCUUCGAGAGAUGGGGACGUUAUCAGAACUCCUCCACUGUAACAUCGUCAGAUACUACACAUUUUGGAUGGAGGAUUCAGGAUACCAGGGGAAUUCUGAAUCAACUGACGGUUCAGCUAGUUCCAGCUCUUCCCAUACUUCAAAUAAUUCAUCAGCAAAGUACUUCUAUAUUCAGAUGGAGUUAUGCAACACCAAAACACUUAAAGAGUGGAUUGAUGAGAAGAACGCUGAGAUUCUGCAAGACUCCAAGAGAAGAAAAGAAGGUCUAAGCAUUGCUCAGCAAAUAGUUAGUGGAGUGGAAUAUAUUCACUCCAAGAAGCACAUCCACAGGGACCUUAAGCCUGUAAACAUCCUGUUUGGACUGGAUGGAGAAGUGAAGAUUGCAGACUUUGGUCUGGUCACCAGAGAUGAUGAUGAUGAUGACGAUGCCUUGAUGGAGAGAACAGGCCAAAGAGGAACCACAGUGUAUAUGGCCCCUGAACAAAAGAGGGAGAAGAACUAUGACCGGAAAGUUGACAUAUUUGCUCUGGGGUUGAUUUACUUUGAACUCCUUUGGAAACUCUCUACUGGCCACGAAAGAGCAGCGGUUUGGGAUGAUGCCAGAAGUCAGAAGCUCCCUGAAGAAUUUUCACUGACUUUUCCCCAAGAGAACCAAAUAAUUGAGUUAAUGCUGCACAAGAAGCCCGAAGACCGACCCGAAGCAAGAAAACUGAAGGCAGAAAUGGAGAUGUGUGCUCAGGCAUUAAACGCACAAAAUAUGCAUCAGGAAAAUGCAACUGUCUGAUUAUCACAAGGAAUUGUGAUAAGUCUUUAGUAGUAUAUGGAAGUGUAUCUGUUCUAAUGACUGAUAUGAUUUUGAAGGGAAAUGGUUCACAUACUGCACUUGUAUAGCUGAGAUCAGUACAAAGCUUUUCACCAGGCCUCACAUUCACUCACACAAACACACAAAAAUGGAAAUGGUUAGCAGUUUGGGGCUCAACGACACGUCAACAUGAAGACAGGAGAUCAAUGGAUUACCCAUUCAAUUACUGAAUAUUAAUGUCACAUGAUGUCACAUUACAGCCUUUGUUUUGGAGUGUGUAUGUUAAUUAUGGUUAUGGGUAAAAUGGUCAGGUAUCUUGGUGAGUGCACUUGUUUUUGUGUUUGAUUGGUUUUUUGUGUGUGGGCUUUGGGGACUGUGAGAUUUUUUUUGAGGGUUCUUGUCUUGUGUGUGUAAACCUUACAUAUAGUAAUAUUGUGAAAUUCUCCAAACUGGUGUGUUUGUGUUCUUGUUCGGUUAAAAUUGGGUCAUUCAAUGUGUGGGGUGUACAUAUAAACUGGAUGUACUGCCUUUGUGACGGUUGUUUGGUAUAUAAAAAGAGAAAAGGAUAAAAUUAUUAACAUAAAAAGCAACUGUGACUGACGCAUCUUAAAUGCCAGGAGAGAAACCUGGCUGGCACCCCUGACAAAACCACAUCUCAGUUAAACUGUCACAGUAUGUAUGCAACACAUUUUUAAUUUAGCCAAUAAAACCACAGCCUUACAGUAACUCGUAAUAACAUUGAUAUGAAGUAAAGACUUUCAGUAUGCCCAAACAACAUUGUGCUUGACAGUAUCAUAUGACAUUAUGUC